CUCCUCCUCCCUAGAGGGCAGCUAGCAGUGACCUGUCAGCAGGAACAGCCUUAAUUAUGCAGAGUUUUAAACCUUUUAAACCUUUUAAACCUCAUGAAAAGUGAAAUAAAGUAUUGAGACCAAACCAAACGUGUUUUGUUUCAGGCUGUUAACGUGUUUAAUUAUUAACGUUGCUGUAAAGGUUGUAACUUUAUAUAAUAAAUACUAUUAAUGAAUCAAUCCCAGACAGAACAUUAUCAGUAUCUGCUCAUUAUUUCACAGCAGAACUCAGGUGAACUCUGCAUGAGAACUUUAUUAGAACCUGGACUGGAAACACAUCUGGAACUUUCCUCACAGAUCAAUGAGAACUAAAAAGGUCAGAGGAUUUUAGAAGAACAUCAUUCACAGGAUUUACACUUUGAACACUGUUUUUUUUCUCUUGAUCCAGGUGUAAAUAAGACUUUGUAUUCGUGAGCUGUUUGAAAAUGUUUCUGUGGAAUGAGAUGAAACGUGUUUGUACUGGAAGCUACUGAUUAAUAAAGUUUAUUUAAAAAAAAAAGGACCGGGAGUUGUGCACAUGCUCAGUAGCUGCUGGAUGUGAGCAUGCUCAGAAAGGAGGACCAGCUGGUUGCCAUGGUAACAGGCCUCCGGAACACCUGGAACAGAGCGACAUAGAGACACAGGGACAGGGACAGACAAGUGUCUCUGUGUCCCUCGGUAUCUAUCUCCUCCUCUUCUCAUCCUCCUCUUCUCCUCUUCUCCUCCUCCUCCUCCUCCUCCUCCUCCUCCUCCCCCGGUGCCGGGCUCCAUGGGGGACAGCAUGGCGGAGGAGACCCGGAUCAUCUACCACCUGGAGGACCAGGACACGCCCUACCUGAUCCGGAUCAACGUGCCCGCGCAGCGCGUCACCCUGGCGGACUUCAAACACGCGCUGAACAAACCGAGCGUGAAAUUCUUCUUCAAGUCCGUGGACGAAGACUUCGGUGUUGUUAAAGAGGAGAUCAGUGAUGAUGAGUCCAGGCUGCCACUGGUUAACGGACGAGUCGUGGUGUCCUCUGACACCUGCCCGUCAGAUUUGGGGGUGUGUGAUAGCCAGUCUAUAGCCACGCCCACCUGUCAGGCCCCGCCCCCACCAGAGAGGACAGGUGUGAUUGGACAGUCCAGACCUCCGUCCUUCCAGGGAUCAGCUGAGGAGCUCCAGAGGACAGGUGGAUCUUUGAAUGGACACGCCCUUCAACUGGCGGUCGAAGGGCGGCGACAUGAGAGGACUUGGCGAGACGGCACCACGGGAGACAUGUUACUGCAGGUCAACGACAUCCAGUUUGACAACAUGAACAACGACGACGCCGUCAGAAUCCUGAGAGACAUCGUCCACCAGCCUGGUCCGGUGACAUUGACCGUAGCCAAGUGUUGGGAUCCAAAUCCGCCUGGUUUCUCGUUGCCGAUGGGUGAACCGGUCCGCCCCAUCGAUCCAGCUGCCUGGGUGUCUCACACGGCCGCCAUGACGGGCAGACUCCUCCCCCACUACGGCGUCCCCGAGGACACCCAGCUCAGCGUCCACAGUGACAUGGAGACGGUCGUCAAGGCGAUGGCCAGUCCAGAGGCGGGGCUAGAGGUCCGGGACAGGAUGUGGCUGAAGAUCAGCAUCCCCAACGCUUUCAUUGGUUCAGACGUGGUGGACUGGCUCCAGAGGAACGUUGAGGGGUUCGUAGACCGCCGUGAAGUCCGCCGCUACGCCGGGAACCUGCUGAAGGCCGGACUGAUCCGUCACACCGUCAACAAGGUCUCGUUCUCGGAGCAGCGCUACUACGUGUUCAGGGACCCCCGACCAGGUGAGGCCAGACCAGGUGAGGCCAGACCACAACUCCUCGACCUCCCAGGAACUUCUGGUUCUGACCCACUGGCCCCCCCAGCAGGACCCCAGGGGCACCCAGACUCCCCCUAUCAGGACCCCGCCCCUCACCAGCUGGAGGCUGGGGGAGGAGCAGGGGGAGGAGAGGAAGAAGAGGAGGACUAGG